CAGCCACAGUACAGGAUGGAAGUCGACAAAGCCCCGGCCGCCGCUGCGCCAAAGGCGUCCUCCUCCGGCGCGAUGGCGGUGGACGCGGCCGGCGGCGUGCAGAAGCCCCUGUUCGGCGCUCUGAUGCCCAGCGAGAUGGGCGGCGGGAGGCCUCAGUACCGGAAGGUCCAGGUGCCGCCGCACCGCUUCGCGCCGCUCAAGAAGGCGUGGCUGGAGAUCUACACGCCCGUCUACGAGCACAUGAAGGUCGACAUCCGCAUGAACCUCAAGGCAAAAAGGGUUGAGCUGAAAACAAGGAAAGACACACCAGAUGUGAGCAACCUCCAGAAAUGCGCAGACUUUGUGCAUGCUUUCAUGCUCGGAUUCGACAUUGCGGAUGCGGUUGCCUUGCUUCGUCUCGAUGACCUGUACGUGGAUUCCUUUGAGAUCAAGGAUGUGAAGACUCUUCGAGGGGAGCACAAGUCGCGUGCUAUUGGCCGUCUAUCAGGGAAAGGAGGCAAGACCAAGUAUGCCAUCGAGAACUCUACCAGGACUCGCAUAGUCAUUGCUGACACCAAGAUCCACAUACUUGGAUCCUUCGUCAACAUCAAGGUUGCCAGGGAUUCGCUUUGUAGUCUUAUCUUAGGUUCUCCUGCUGGCAAGGUCUACUCAAAGCUAAGGGCUGUAUCUGCUAGGUUGGCGGAAAGGUAUUGAAUGAGUUUGGGCGAAUCAUAUAGUUGCAGUUUUGGCCUCAUAAUAUGUUGUAUCAGCUAAUCUGUGUCCCUAUGCCAUGAAUCUUGUUAUGAAGAACAACUUUGAUAUGGUAGAGAUUUGUAGUGAUAUUUGCUGUGAUAUGUUCUUGGGGGCUUUUCUGAGAAACAGCUGUCUUACUGCAUGUUAUAUUUUACUUCCAUAUAUGUGAAAUAUUGCUGUCUA